AUGGAGGGCGGUGAAAGCGGUUGCAAAGUCGGUGGCGGCGACAAGCCCUGCGCUCGCUCCUUCGACUGCAUCUUCUGCAAAAGAGGCUUCUCCAACGCGCAGGCUCUGGGAGGGCACAUGAACUUGCACCGCAAGGACAAGGCCAAGACCAAGCUCCAGGGCCCUCGCUCCUCCUUCGGCGCCACCAAGAGCGCCGCUGCUUCACGGAGGCUCGACCGCGAGGAGACUGAGCAGACGGCGGCGGGGCAGCAUGGCGUGGCGGUAGAAGAAUUGGACCUUGAGCUCCGGCUGGGCCGAUCAAAGACAUGUACACAUUUAUAG